GCUUCCCGUAGGAGGCGGCAGGUUUGAAAAGUGACAACGGUCGAUAUUUGUUGGUUUUUUACUUCGCCGGCGGCUGUUUGCUGAAGUCGCCGCCUUCCUGUUGAUCACUGGUGCGACCAGCAGGAAACUCCCAAGAUGGAAACUUUGUCUUUCCCCAGAUAUAAUGUAGCUGACAUUGUGACUCAUGUUCGCAACAAGAUCUUAACAGGCGCUGAUGGUAAAAACCUCUCCAAGAAUGAUCUUCAUCCAAAUCCAAAGCCUGAAGUCUUACACAUGAUCUACAUGAGAGCCUUACAAAUAGUGUAUGGAAUUCGACUGGAGCAUUUUUACAUGAUGCCAGUGAAUUCUGAAGUCAUGUAUCCACAUAUAAUGGAAGGCUUCUUACCAGUCAGCAAUUUAUUUAUUCAUCUGGACUCAUUUCUGCCCAUCUGUCGGGUGAAUGACUUUGAGAUUGCUGAUAUUCUUUAUCCAAAAGCAAAACGGACUAGUCGAUUUUUAAGUGGCAUUAUCAACUUUAUUCACUUCAGAGAAGCAUGCCGUGAGACAUAUAUGGAGUUUUUUUGGCAAUAUAAAUCCUCUGUGGACAAAAUGCAGCAGUUAAACGCCGCAUACCAGGAGGCAUUAAUGAAACUGGAGAGACUUGAUUCUGUUCCAGUUGAAGAGCAAGCAGAAUUCAAGCAGCUUUCGGAUGAUAUUCAGGAGCUGCAGCAAUCACUGAAUCAGGAAUUUCGUCAAAAAACAAUAGUCCUGCAAGAAGGAAAUUCUCAAAAGAAAUCAGAUAUUUCAGAGAAAACCAAGCGUUUGAAUGAACUAAAACUGUCAGUGGUCUCUUUGAAAGAAGUAGAAGAGACUUUGAAAGCCAAAAUUGUGGAUUCCCCAGAGAAGCUAAAGAAUUACAAAGAGAAAAUGAAAGACACGGUCCAGAAACUUAAAAAUUCCAGGCAAGAAGUGAUGGAAAAGUAUGAAAUUUAUCGAGACUCAGUUGACUGCCUACCUUCAUGUCAGUUGGAGGUGCAGUUAUAUCAAAAGAAAAUACAAGACCUUGCAGAUAAUAGAGAAAAACUAACCAGUACCUUAAAGGAGAGCCUGAAUUUAGAGGACCAAAUUGAGAGUGAUGAGUCAGAACUGAAGAAAUUGAAGACUGAAGAAAAUUCACUCAGAAGACUGAUGAUGGCAAAGAAAGAAAAACUUGCCACAACACAAUUGAAAAUAAAUAAGAAGCAUGAGGACGUCAAGCAGUAUAAACGCACCGUCAUUGAAGAUUGCAAUAAAGUGCAAGAAAAAAGAGGUGCUGUCUAUGAGCGAGUGACCACAAUUCAUCAAGAAAUCCAAAAAAUUAAAUUUGGAAUUCAGCAGCUAAAAGAUGCCACUGAAAGAGAGAAACUGAAAUCCCAGGAAAUAUUUCUAAACUUGAAAACUGCUUUGGAGAAAUACCAUGAAGGCAUUGAAAAGGCAUCAGAGGACUGUUAUGCAAAGAUAGAUGAAAAAACAACUGAAUUGAAGAAGAAGAUGUUCAGAAUUUCAACCUGAUUAACAAAAUUAUAUCUUUUUUGUGAAUGGCUUACCAUCCUUUAAUUUUCUGUUCAGAAAAGGAAUAGUUAAGGUGAAACUAAUGGAAGUAUCAGAAUUACUCAAUAAUGUUGGCUCAAUCAAUUUUUAUAUACUCUUGAUAGAUGGUUUCAUAAUGUAUGCAUUUCAUGUAGACUUUUAUUAACUUGUAAUUAAAAUAGUUUGUG